UCACAGUCCCACCUGGGCUUCCGGGCGGGGCUUCCUGGCAGGCAGAGAGACGGCGGCGACGCUGGAGCGGGGCGCGUGCACGAGCUUGCGCCUGCCUCGACCACCAGCCGGAGGGAGGGACCAAGGGACCGGCGCAGACGGCAGCAGCGGCGCGAUGGGGCAGCCGGAGGCGGCGCGCCCCCCCGCUGCCCCCGGGCUCCUCCUGCUGCUCCUCCUCCUGGUUCUUUCGCCGCCGCUUCAGGUGGGCUCCGCGGCGCCCCGCAUCGCGCGCUCCUUCCAAGAGGUGGAGCGGGUGGCCCGGCGCUUCUCCCACCGGAGCGUCUCCAACUACAGCGUCUUCCAGGCGGACCCCUCCUCCCGCACGCUCUAUGUGGGCGCCAAGGACGCCAUCUUUGCCCUCCACUUGGAAGACAUUAGUCUGCAGGCCAAAAUGAUCUCCUGGACGGUGCCUGAGCAUCUGCAGAGUUCCUGCACCGGGAAGGGGAAGACAGAGUCUGAAUGCCACAACUUUGUCCGCAUCCUGGAGUUUGCCAACAGGACCCACCUCUUGGUCUGUGGCACGUUUGCCUUCAACCCCCAGUGUGGCUACAUUGACGUGAGCCGUUUCCACGGGGUGGAGGGGCUGGAGAGCGGCCGGGGCAGAUGCCCCUUUGAGCCCUGGCAGCCCUCGACGGCUGUCAUGGCAGACGGCGUCCUGUACGCAGCCACCGUCAACAACUUCCUGGGGACGGAGCCCAUCAUCUCGCGGGCCACGGGGAGCCUGGGGGAGCAGAUUCGGACGGAGACGUCCGUGAUGUGGCUGAACGAGCCUGAAUUUGUGGCCUCUGCUUUCCUCCGGGAGGGUGAGGACGGGGAGGACGACAAGGUCUACUUCUUCUUCACGGAGACGGCCCGCGAGUAUGACUCCUACGAGAAGGUCAAGGUGGCCCGCGUGGCCCGAGUCUGCAAGGGGGACUUGGGAGGCCAGAAGACGCUGCAGAGGAAGUGGACGACCUUCCUGAAGACCCGGCUGGUCUGCUCCGACCCAGAGAGCGGCGUGGUCUUCAACCUCCUGCAGGACAUGGUCACGCUGCCCGCCCAGGACUGGAAUGCCACGCUCUUCUAUGGGGUGUUUGCAGCCCAGAGGAAGGAGGAGAAGGGCUCCGCGGUCUGCGCCUACAGUGUGGCGGCAGUCGAGAGGGCCAUGGGGGGCCGCUUCAAGGAGUUCAAGAGGGACUGCGGCAAAUGGACCAGCGAGAUGCAGGCCGAUGUCCCUGACCCCCGGCCAGGGGCGUGCGUCACCAGCAGCCUGAAGCAGAAGGGGGUGGGCUCUUCCCUGGCCCUGCCGGACAGAGUCCUGACCUUUGUCCGCGACCACCCGCUCAUGGCGGAGCCCAUCCAGCCCCUGGAGAACCAGCCGCUCCUGGUGCAGCCGGACACGCAGUACCGCCGCCUGGCCGUCCACCGCGUCAGAGGCCUCUCCGGACAGGAGCACCACCAGCUCUUCUUGGGCACAGAGGACGGACAUGUGCACAAGGCCGUGAAGACGGGUCCUCGCGCCUCCCUCCUUGAGGACCUGGCCCUCUUUGCAGAGCCUCAGCCGGUCCAGAGCCUGCAGCUCUACCAGAACUGGCUGUAUGUGGCUUCUGACCGCGGAGUGACCCAAAUCCGAACCUCCAGCUGCGCCCGAUACGAGACUUGCCAGGACUGCAUCUUGUCCAGAGACCCUUCUUGUGCCUGGGCCAGAGAGCAGAGGCUGUGCAGAGACCACGGCGGGCAAGCGGGGCUGAUCCAGGAUGUCACCGCGGAGAAGGUGCUGGCGCUGUGCCCCGUGGAGGACAACGGGCUGCCAGCCGUGGUGGAAGUGCCGGUGCUGCUGUCCGCCCGGGUGGUGCUGCCCUGCCGCCCGCAGUCCGCCUGGUCCCGCUGCGAGUGGCAGAAGCCUUCCCAGGACGCGGCGGCGGCAGCGGCGGCGGCCUACCUGGUGCGCAGGGAUGGCCUGGAGUUGACCGUGGCAGAGGCCACGCUGGGCGAAUACACUUGCCGGUGCGUGGAGUCUGGCGUGGGGGGGGUGGUGGCCUCCUACAGCCUGGUGCGAGCGGGCCACGGGGGCCCCCAUGCCGCCAGGGGGGCGGAGCGCAGCUACAGCGUCCUGGUGGGAGUCCUGGGCUUCGUCCUGGGCCUGGCCCUGGGCAGCGGCUGCCUCCUCUGGCACGAAUGGCGGCGGCGGGAGCGCCUCCAGCGCGAGCUGCUCUGCCGCGAGCGGACGGGGCUGGACCUGCUGCCCUCCACCGCCACCAGCUGCAGCCACGAGCCCCAGACGCCCAGCUCCCCCGAGGACGAGCGGCACCCCCUGGCCACCGCCAAGAAGAACGGCGCCCUCAACGGCUACCCCCACCUCUACAUCCACGAGCUGGAGCCGGAGCAAGCCCGCAUCUACCUGGCGGGGGCCCCCCUGGCCAAGUGCGACGAGACCUCCAUCUAGAGGGACCCUCUGCUCGCUCCGGCUGGCGCCCCAUGAGGGGGGAAGAGGAGGAGGAGGGGCUAGAGCCAUGGGGCUGCGCCAAGCCUCUCCCCACGGGGACUGGAGGUGCACGUCUGGCGGGGGGCCCGCUGGGGAGUCCCAGGGCGAUGCCGGUGGCGGCCGAGGGCUGAAAGCAAGCCAGUGCUUCCCCGGGCAGGCCGGGGGUCCCGCUGCAGCCCUCCUGGGGGCCGGAGGACCAACGGACGCCGAGAGGCGGCUUUCCGGGGCCGAGAGGUCUCAGGUGGCGGCGGCAGCGGCAGCAGCGCCUGCUGGCUUUGUGGGCCGAUGGGGCCUGCCGCUCUCCUCAAGAGCUCCCGUCACGGCCCCGCGGCCGCCUUGAGGGCCGAGGCCGGCUGCUCCAAGACCUGCCUGACUUUGUGUCUUCCCCGCUGGCCGGCCGGCCGGCCGGUGGCCAGGAAGCAACCAGACUCUGCUGUGCGCUUGCAGCCAGGAGGCAGACCAGAAAGGGCGCUGGACUCCCUUGGGGGCGGGAGGGCUCUGUGCUCCCCCAGCUGCCUCCCCCGAAGCCCUGCAGCUCGCCUGGGGCGGAGGACGUCUUCCCCGGAGGACUCUGCCGGGCCGGCCGGUGUGCAGGAAGGCCCGCCUGGGAGGCUCCUGGCCCCGCAGCGGAGAGGCCAACGGUCUGCGUCCUCCUGCCCCCGAUGCCCCUCAGGAGGGCAUCUGCUCCCCCCCCCCGGAAGCUGUGCCAAGGGCUACCUGUGCGUGCGUGUGUGUGAGAAGCGGGUGUGGUGUCCUCCUCCUCCUGUGGUGGUCGUCUUGUGGGUGAACGUCUUGGUUCUGUGACUUCUUCUCAUUAAAAAGACUGGAAGGCUG